UUGUAAUUAUAGACAUUUGAAUUGUCCGAAAUAAGUGAAAGAUACAUAGGUACUGGUUUUUUUUACAAAUAAAAUUAAACCGAAAACUUAUAAGCAUAAUUGGUGUUAUGACAAUACACGACCCUUAGAAAUGGUUUUUAUAAGGAAGUCUUUAUAUAAUGUCUACUCGAGAUAUCUUAUUACUUUAAAUGUAACAGAUCGAUAAUACACGGGUUUUGUUUAUUUAAAGUUUAGGCUUUUAUAUUACGUGUGCACAUAAGAUUGAGCACACAUAAACUUUCCGUCUGUAAUGUUAACUUCAUGGAAAUCCUUCGACAGACUAAAUGUGUAGAAUGAUUGUUUAGGUGGGAUGAAUAAAUAGAUUUGGUUAAUGAUACUUCAUACAGGAUAAGCAGAUGAUUUGUUGAUUAGAAUGGCAACAAAUCAACCACAGAACUUGUUAGAAUGGCAGCUGCAUUGUGUUCUUAAAAGAGCCAACCUUCUUCAAUAUUAUGACAGUUUCAUCGGACAAGGUGAGUGCGAUGUACUGCAGUUAUCUGAAGCAGACGAUUUGAAAUUUAAAGACGUCAUGCAGAAGGUUGGAAUGGCAAAAAAAUCGAUACAUGUUCGUCAGUUCAAAAACACUCUUCUUGAAUGGGUGAAAGAUCCAGGAAAGGAUUCGCAUGUACCUAGCUACAUAAAGGAAGAUGACGACUCUAGAAUGCCUCCAGCUCCAAGAAGCUUGAAUCCUCGAACUGCGACACCGCCACUGCCUGAUAAGUAUUCUGUGGUACAACAAUUGCCAAAAUCUACACAAGGAAAUCAGACAAAAGAAAAAGAUGAGCUAACAAGCAGUAAUUCAGAAAAAAGGGAGUUCCCUAAGCAACAAGACACAACGCAACAUCAAACACACAGUGAAGUCAAAGGAAAGAAUUCGCAUGUACCUAGUUACAUAAAGGAAGAUGACGACUCUAGAAUGCCACCAGCUCUAAGAAGCUUGAAUCCUCGAACUGCGACACCGCCACUGCCUGAUAAGUCUUCUGUGGUACAACAGUUGCCAAAAUCUACACAAGGGAACCAGACAAAAGAAAAGGAUGAGCUUACAAGCAGUAAAUCAGAAAAGAAGGAGUUCCCUAAGCAACAAGACACAGCGCAACAACAAAAACACAGUGAAGUCAAAGAUCAGGAACAUCACGGACAUCAUGGCCUUACUCGUUACUAUGAUGAGUUAUUAGAUAACACAGUACUUGACAAGAUGGUUCUAGAUAACCUCAUUUCCAGAUGUAUUUUAAUGAUAGAGGACAGAGAAGAAAUUAUCAAACCAACCACACAACGUGAACGUAACAAGGUUCUACUGGGUAUCUUAACUGAACGACCAUAUCCUACCUUCCAUUUGUUAAAGGAUGUCUUACAGGAAUCUGAACCAAACAAUAGUUGUGUUCAAGAGCUUGUCAAGAGAAUGAUGAGUACUGAAAUCAGGGACGAACACAUAAGUUGCCAAGCACACGAGAUUACGUUGAAUAAACACAAAGUUAAACUACAAAAGAAUUACAUGAUGUUUGUCCAUGGUGUUGACUCCAAAACAGACAUAGCUGACCACCUGUAUCAGUCUGAUGUUUUAAGUACUGAAGAAAAAGAGGAAAUUUGUAAUUCUUCACUCACUCAACAGGAAAGUAAUAGACUUUUAUACAACAAAUUGAUUCGCAAAGGUGGAGAUGCAUACAAACACCUUCUUGAAGCUGUAAUACACGGAAAAUACCAUGAUGUUGCUUCAGAAAUGGAGAAGACAGAAUUGUCAGAUCAAGACAUACAAUUGUGUCAAAUAGGAAUAAAGAAACUCAAAGACAGACAUGAGAAAAAAGAUAUUCUGAUGGAUCACGAUGAAGUUAUUCCUAAACAUAUACUUGAGCAGUUCGAAAGACGUUUGGAACAGUGGAAAAAGGAUGAUCAACAGUUUGUUAGCACUGAAGCAGAAAAACAUGUAAUGCAAAAAGUUUUGACACAAAGUUCCGUUACCCUGGUUGGAAAUUCUGGCACUGGAAAAAGUUUUCUUUCUAAACACAUUGCCCUCAUAAUGAAGAAACAUGGCUAUACUGUAAUUCCAUGUAGUAAACCUGAAGAUAUUGGAAAAUGGUUUAAACAUGAUAGGAAAACAUUAUUUGUCUAUGAUGAUGUGUGUGGCAGAUAUACUCUUAAUCAACAAAUUUACAAUGACUGGAAACAAAAUCUUAAUGACAUUACAUCUCUUCUUACAGACCAAUGUUGUAAAAUUAUAUCUACAUGUAGAUUGGAAGUUUACAAAGAUGAAAUAUUUAGCGACCUAUCUAUUUUCAAAAUGUGUAACAUCGAUUUGAGUGCACAAGAAUUCAGAUUUAGUGCUGCUGAAAAAAUAGCUUUAGCUGGAAUGUAUUUUAAGGAAAAUACUGAUGAAGCAAUGAAAUUGUCUGAAAAAUAUGACUUUUUCCCGCUUUUAUGUAGCUUGUAUCAUAAACAGAACCUCCAGAAAAAUGUAAGCCUAAGUACUUUUUUUAGCAAUCCUUUUGGCGUUUUUAAAGAUCAAGUUGCUCAAAUGUAUAAAGAAGGUGAUACUGGUAAAAUGAAAUAUUGUAGCUUGGUCCUUUGUGUAAUGUUCAACAACACGUUGACAGAAGAAAACUUCUCCUCAAAAGAUAAGAAGAUAGGAGCAGUCCUAGAAGAUUUACUAGAAGAAUGUGAAUUGAAUAAAGGAGCAUCCAUCAAACGUUUAAAGAAAUCACUUGAAACACUUGAUGGUACCUACGUGGUCAAGGAGGAUAAUAAAUACAAAAUAAUCCAUGAUAAGUUGUUUGAUUUCCUUGCUAAAUACUUUGGGGAGAAGAUGAUACAGAUUUUCAUUGAUCAUGCUAAUACUGAUUUCAUUGAGGAGAGAUUUCUAUGGAAGAUAACAGAUAACAUGGGCACAGAAACAGAGUUUGUAAUAAGAAUACCUGAUAAAUAUAUAAAUAGAUAUAUAGAAAGGUUACUGAUAGACUGGGAGAAUGGUUAUGUAUACAGUGUAUGUGUCAACAGAAACAUGAAGUCUACUACAUUUACAGAAAACUUCAUAACACGUUUAAACCAACUUGAUUUAUCAAAACAACAACAACUUGUUUCUACUAAAGAUAUUCACAAUAAAGAUAUAGCACUUUCAGGAAGUUGUUAUAUGGGUACUAUUGAACUUGUCAAAUGGUUGAUAAGUAGGAAUAGUGACAUUAAUUAUUGUAGAGAGGAUGGUAACUUCCCUUUAUUAUGGGCAAGUCAGGAAGAACAUGUUGAUGUUGUUAAAGAACUGUUACAACAUUCAGCUGAUGUCAAUAAAUGUAGUAAUGAUGGAACCCCACCACUACAGAUUGCUUGUUACAACAACAAGAUAGAGGUUGUACAUGUACUUCUUCAGUGUGAUGAUGUUGAUAUUGAUCUCUGUGAUGAUGAUGGAUGUUCUUCACUUUAUAUGGCAAGUCAGAAAGGACAUGUUAAUGUUGUUAAAGUACUGUUACAACAUUCAGCUGAUGUCAAUAAAUGUAGUAAUGAUGGUGUAUCACCUCUGUCUAUAGCAAGUCAGAAUGGACAUGUUGAUGUUGUUAAAGUACUGUUACAACAUUCAGCUGAUGUCAAUAAAUGUGACAAUAAUGGUGUAUCACCUCUGUAUGUAGCAAGUCAGAAUGGACAUGUUGAUGUUGUUAAAGAACUGUUACAACAUUCAGCUGAUGUCAAUAAAUGUGACAAUAAUGGUGUAUCACCUCUGUAUGUAGCAAGUCAGAAUGGACAUGUUGAUGUUGUUAAAGUACUGUUACAACAUUCACCUGAUGUCAAUAAAUGUGACAAUAAUGGUGUAUCACCUCUGUCUAUAGCAAGUCAGAAUGGACAUGUUGAUGUUGUUAAAGUACUGUUACAACAUUCAGCUGAUGUCAAUAAAUGUAGUAAUGAUGGCACCCCACCAUUACAGAUUGCUUGUUACAACAACAGGAUAGAGGUUGUACAUGUACUUCUUCAGUGUGAUGAUGUUGAUAUUGAUCUCUGUGAUGAUGAUGGAUGUUCUUCACUUUAUAUGGCAAGUCAGAAUGGACAUGUUGAUGUUGUUAAAGUACUAAUACAACAUUCAGCUGAUGUCAAUAAAUGUAGUAAUGAUGGCCACCCACCAUUACAGAUUGCUUGUUACAACAACAGGAUUGAGGUUGUACAUGUACUUCUUCAUUGUGAUGAUGUUGAUAUUAAUCUCUGUGAUGAUGAUGGAUGUUCUUCACUUUAUUGGGCAAGUCAGAAAGGACAUGUUGAUGUUGUUAUAGAACUGUUACAACAUUCAGCUGAUGUCAAUAAAUGUAACAAUAAAGGUAAAAAUUCUCUUAGUGUAGCACAGUGGCAAGGACAUAUAGAAAUAGAACAAUUGUUAAAAGGAAAACGAAUAGAUCAACAUUUAUGUCAAAAUGAUUAGUGAACAUGGUGAAGGAUGUUUUUUUUUUUUUUUAGAAUUUGGACAUUUUCAUACAUGUAUCGUAAUUCAUUUAUUUAAAACCUCAUAAAGCUGAAAUUAGUUUAUAGUUUGAAGUAUCGGCACUAGUCUAUACUUAUAUUAACCUUUACCGGUUUUGUUUUUUCUCUCUAUUGUAUUGUUAGGUUGCUGUCUAUAUUAACAAAUCUCUUUUUAUACAUAUAUAUACAUACAUAUCUUGUUUUAAAGAACUAUUGGAAAGAUUUUAGUGAAAAUACUGUUAAAUCAGAUAAAGUAA